AUGCGUGACCCUGAGAGCACCGAACUGCAGCCUUUUAGCAGCUUCGAAAACGACGCUAGCCCGAUAAAGAGUGGACAAAAAACCAAGAGAGGUUUCAAGCAAAGAGUUAAGGCUCCACUACCGUCAGGCUCUUGGAUUCCAGAAAGUAUUUGCAUGGCUUUUUGCCUGGCUUUACUCAUCUCUCUCGCCAUCAUGUUGAGAGCGUUCGACGGCCGGCCGCGGAGUGAAUGGAGCUCUGACGUUACUCCCAAUGCCGUCAUUUCGGCAAUUGUUACAAGCAUGGAGGGCUGCCUGGCUUUUCUAGUCGCGAGUGGCCUUGGACAGAUGAAAUGGAUCGCUUUCGCUCAGAAGCCGCAAUCACUUCUAAACAUUGAACUCAUUGACAGCGCAAGUCGGAGCACAUGCGGCCGAUUUAGGUCAUUUGCAAUGAACCGAGUGGGCAUCAUGGUAGCUUUUGGGGCAUUCGUUGGCUCUCUAAAUGUCCUGAUCGGCCCGUUCUCGCAACAACUUGUCCAAUACCCCUUAAAACCGUCAAACUCUGAAACAGCAGUUCUAUGGCUAGCCAAAAACUACACCGAAGGACGCCUUCAGUUUGAUUUCGAGCGCCAGAUUCUCGACUUGAAUAUAACUGCUGGUAUGAGAUCGGCAAUAGACAGUGGCCUCUCUAGUCCUUUGACGGAGAAAUAUCUGAAAGACCCGCCUUUCUCGUGCCCAAGUGGGAAUUGUACCUGGGAUUCAUAUCGAAGCCUAGGGGUGUGCAGUGAAUGCAAGAACAUCACAAAUAUGGUUCAAAGAGGUGGAACCAAAGGCAAUGCAACAUUCUUUUACCCGCCGGCUAGAAACCUAUCUUUCUUCACAAAAUACACCGAAGACAUAAGGACUAAGUUCUCAAUGAAGCCAGUAGGGGAAAUGGGAUUGAAUCCACUUUCUCGUAACUGGACCAGUAAUCUCAACGACAACAAGUACUCCGCUCUCAACACAACCAUCAUUCAGUUUGCGGCUUUAGCCGAUAACAAAGAAAGACCAGAUGAGGUGACUGGGACAGAAUGUGAACUCAUGUUCUGCGUUCAGAACCUGACCAGCACAGUCGUCAAUGGCAUAUACGAACAGAACUUCACGCGCAUUAUCUCUACCUUGGGGUCCCAAUUCAGGCCAUUUGACAACUACGCACCAUAUGUGGGGACCAUAUCCAGUAUCGUUACUCCGGAGAAGCAUGAGUUCUGGAUAUCCGACGACGCAGCUCUCGCUUUAAACGCAUACGCCUUUAACGAAUUCAGUGGCGGCGCAAUCGUUCUACGAAUCCCUCCUGAGUAUGGCAACUAUGAUUUUCCGGUCUAUAAAUCCAACACAGCAGAAGCCAUGUCGAAGUCCGGAAACAUUUCGAAACUCAUGGAAAACGUCGCCUCGAGCAUGUCGACUUGGAUGCGAACGGUCAAGGAACCGGAAUUGUACGGCUACAUACCGUAUGCAAAUGACACCGAGCCCUUCAAAGGCACGAGCUCCACCAAUGUACCUCACUUUGAGGUGCGAUGGGCCUGGUUCAUUCUACCGGCUUCGGUUGUCCUCCUCACAGUCGCCUUCCAAAUAGCCGUCAUUAUCAAAAGCUUUCGCUCGAAAGCCAAACUCUGGAAGACGGACCUUUUGCCGCUACUGUUCCAUGGACUGGACGAGAGUAUCAGAGAGGAGCUGAAGGAGAACUUGGAGACGAUAGACGAGAUGGAGAAGAAAGCGGAGAAACUCACGGUCAUGUUCGUCAAUGAACUAGACGGCAGGCCCAGCCAUUUCGAGCUGUAUUGA